GAAAACAGCACCAUAGACCGAUCUCCCGUUACCCUGUCCCGCCUCUGUGGUCGCCAGCUGUAACCUUUUUUAAAAAACAAAGCACAUUAAACAGCUCAAAAUAAGGAAUGAGGAAGUUAACACAAGUGUCAGCAUGCGGACUCUAUCAGAACCUGUUUCUCUGCGUCUUCCUACUAGAAAUGAACCGCCCCUCCUGAAAAUUAUCUCUUUCUGAACAGGAAUUAUUGUAACAGUUAAAAGGUAAAGUUGUGAAGGAUGAUCAGAAUUUGAGGGCGAAUGCAAUUGACAGCCCUGGCUCGAAAUGGUGAAGAAUGAAGUGGCCACUUUUUAUGAAGACAAAAGAAAACACCGGAAUCAAACCGAAGCAUUGAUGUUUAUCUGUUUGCUCCUCACUAUUUCCUCAGUAUGGAAGAAGACCAGGAUCUGAGGCGUAAUUCAAGGGUGACAGAUAAAGCAAUGUUACUAAAAAGUGGUGGCCAGGAAUAUCCACGUAUUGGGCAUGUCCAAGAACUUUUCCACGAAGCUGCACAGGUAUCACAGCCCCAUGUCAAACCCUGGUGGAAAGUUAAGGUAUUUGUCUGGGAACCAGUGUUAUUUGGAACGUGGGAUGGAGUCUUCACGACUUGCAUGAUAAAUAUUUUCGGAGUGGUUCUGUUCCUGCGCACAGGGUGGCUUGUGGGAAAUACUGGAAUCCUGCUGGGAAUGUUUAUGGUGACCCUGGUUAUCUUGGUUGCUUUGGUGACAGUUCUGUCAGGAAUUGGAGUGUUGGAGAGGUGCAGUCUUGGGAAUGGUGGAAUAUACGCCAUGCUUUCUACAGUCCUGGGAGGCCAAGUAGGAGGAACAUUUGGAUUUCUCUAUGUAUUUGGACAGUGUGUUGCAGGUGCUAUGUAUAUCACUGGCUUUGCUGAAUCCAUUGCUGACCUGAUGAACCUUAGUAACACUUGGGCAGUUCGAGGAAUUUCCAUCGCUGUGCUAAUAGGAUUACUAGGAAUUAAUCUAGCAGGCGUCAAAUGGAUCAUUCGGUUUCAACUGCUACUUUUAGCCUUGCUGGCUAUCUCUACGAUGGACUUUGUGGUUGGGACGUUCACACAUCUGGAUCCUGAUUUUGGAUUUGUGGGAUAUAGUGAAGAACUGCUCGCAAAUAAUACGUUCCCGAACUACAGUCCAGAGGAGAAUUUCUUUACAGUUUUUGGCGUAAUCUUCCCCACUGCUACAGGUGUGAUGGCUGGCUUCAAUAUGAGUGGGGAUCUACAGAGACCCGCAUCCAACAUCCCUGUUGGGUCACUAGCAGCUGUGGGCAUCUCAUGGUUCCUGUAUUUAGUAUUUGUGUUCUUGUUGGGAGCUGUUUGUACAAGGGAGGCUCUCAGAUAUGAUUUCAUGAUAGCAGAAAAGGUUGCCUUGGUGGGAUUUCUCUGGUUAUUAGGGCUGUAUAUUUCCUCUUUAGCUUCCUGCAUGGGAGGCCUUUAUGGUGCACCCAGAAUUCUUCAGGGUAUUGCACAGGAAAGAGUAAUACCUGUCCUUGGGUUUCUGGGAAAGGUGAAGGGGCCAAACAAAACGCCUGUGGCUGCAAUAUGUCUUGUAGGACUUGUGACAAUGGCAUUUAUCUUCAUUGGACAAGUGAAUGUGCUUGCCCCAAUAGUCAGCAUAAACUUUAUGUUGACUUACGGUGUUAUAGAUUACUCUUACUUCUCAGUUUGUAUGAGCUAUGACAUUCAGCAGAAUGAAAGGAACCGGAACAAAAUGAAUGCCAAAACUUAUAAAUCUUCUCAAGCAUUGAAUUUAGAUGAUCCACUUAAAUAUGGAGCUGAUGGCCCAGUAAAAGGCAGUACAAAUGGCUCCUUGCUUGAAUUCACCAAGGACAUGAACCAGAUCCUUCAAACAAGUUCUCAGGACUGGGAAGAAGGAAUGAAAAACAAUAAGGAAAAGGAAAAAAGUUUGAAUCAAUCUACCUGGUUGAAAAAUGUGAAAAAGCCUGCAAAACAGACACUGCGGGACAGCUUUAUGUUGGAUCUUGACAAUUCAUUCACAACAGUUGAAGAAAACCACAAUCAAAUGUCAGGGAUGGAGUUUUCAAGUGACCUGUCUGAAUUAAAUUUAGAAGAUCAUCAGCAUCUUGAAAUUCCUACUGUAACUAAAAACGUGGAAGGUGGUCACCACCUUGACAAUACAACACUCAAAACUACAGUGGAAAAAGGUAUAUCUGUAACUCAGACUGUGGAAGGUGCUCACCGCCUAGACAAAGUAACACUCGAAUCUACUGUGGAACAAAGCAUAUCUGACACAGAUGAAUCAAUGGCAUCAUACGGCUAUGGUUCCAUUGAAAGGCAAAAGUCUCAGGAAGCAGAAAUUUACACAAUGUCAAGGUCAUUUUAUUCCAAGUUCUGCAACGGCUGGGUCUCAUUUAUUGGUGCAAUAGUAUCUGUUCUUGUCAUGUUUGUCAUUCAUUGGAUUUAUGCCUUAAUUAAUAUUGCCGUGGCAAUAUUCAUCUACUUUUACAUUGGACAAGUGAGUCCAGGACUCCCUCUGGGUCUAGCUCACAAUUUCAAUUUUCUACGAUGGAUUCAGACAGUCUUCCGGGAGUGUACAAGGAAAGGUUCGUCGUAUGAAAAACAGAUUAUUGUGACACCCUCAUUUACAGGAGUUGGCAUGGCAACAACCCAAUUAACUGAGGAAAAUGCUGAUUUUGCCUCUCGAGACCGCUACCAUCAUUUCUCAGUUAUUAGUCAAGAAGAUCUCAAUCGUCAUUUGAACUAAAUGCAAGCUAUGUAUCAGGUGUUUUUUCUUGAUUUAAGAUGUUUGUACAAAUAAAAAAUAUGAAGGUACGUUUUAUAUAAGAUGAAAAGAAUUAUAUGAUGUGCAAAGUGAUUGCAAGGAAGCAGCUAUUGUAUUUAUAAAUCUUUGGUAAACGUGAAUGUUUUGAUGUUCGUUCUUAGCUGUAUACACUAUGAUUUAAUUAAGAUUUUUGCUAGAUAUUACAGUGAAUAGACAUGGUGAGAUAUUUUAUAGAGUUUUACAAGCAAAAGCUGAUGUACUUUUAAAGUGGAUGCUUUAAUUUGUUUUCUUUUUGCCAGGAUUGCUGGGCAAUCCUGAUUCCAGGGGUCAAAUUUGAUGCCUGAUUUAGAAUGAGCAGAAGAUUCUAAUUCUUGAAUACAAAUACUGUAAGUCUUGGGUUUGGGUUUAUCAAUAUGUAUUCAAGGCAGUUCAGUGCUGGGAACCUUAUUUUUAAAAAAACAAUUUGUCUUUGCUUCUAGUCUACCAAUCAUCUUUCCCAACUAGGUAGGCAAAAAUCUUCAAAUUGGGUGUGAAGGUUUCUGGUGGAACAUGAAUGCCGUAUUUAAGCUGGCUCAUUAUGCUUGGGACUUGAAGUGAGCUGAAGUUGUAAAUAUCGUUGUUUUCCUUCAGUAGCAAUCUGUAAUGUGCUCCUUUCAGGUAAUUGCCUUACUUUAUAUUUUGGAAAAAAAAAUUGAAUGUAAGAGAUUGAAGGGUAUUAACACCACAAGACUAGACUAAUAUUUUCAACAGCUUGCUCAACAAUUUAAAAAUAAUAAAUAACAAAAAAAAAUCUGAUAUUAACAUGUUUACACUUACAAAUUAAAUUACAUUUCAAAGUUAUCAUGAUAAAGAUACAUAUUAUGGUUCAAAAGAAGUCUAGACAUUGUUGUUAACACAAUGGAAAAUUCAUACAUGAUCACUAGAAUUUUCAAGUGCAGCAUCAGCAUAACUGUAUUGAGAUUAUAUGAAAAAUAAAACAGCAGAAUAUUAUCAAGAAACAGUUUAUAUGUUCUUCAUUAUAUGUAUUUCAAGCUGGGAAAUUAUUUCUGCACAGGUAAACAGCAUAUGUUACACUGGAUAGC